AUGACAGGGAUAAAGAACGGAAAACAUGGCUACCAAGGAUUAAUAGAGGCCGCGGUGACAAUCUCCAGAAUCUUCAGGCUCGACACACAGUGCGAGAUUGUGGCCAGCGCUCUCGAACGAGCAAUGCCAAGCUACAUCGUCACAAUGAUAAAGGUGAUGAUGCCGCCUUCAAGAUUUUCCAGGGAGUACUUUGCUGCCUUCACCACCAUAUUCUUCCCUUGGCUGGUUGGACCAUGUGAGGUCAGGGAAUCUGAAGUCGAUGGAACGAGAGAGAAGAAUGUGGUGUACAUCCCCAAAUGCAGGUUUCUGGAAAGCACCAACUGUGUCGGUAUGUGCACGAACCUUUGCAAGAUCCCAUCCCAGAAGUUUAUGCAAGAUUCGCUUGGAGUUUCUGUGUACAUGUCACCCAGUAAGCUUCCUUUGCUCUGA